CAUUACCCACACGACAGAAACAUUUUCAGCACAAACUGAUUUAUCACUGCCAGUGGUAUUGACCCUGCACUCGUGCACCUUUUGAUUUGUGCUGGUCACUUGUUUCAACCAGAUCUACCACAACUUCCAGGGAUGGAAGAUAAGGGAACAAGAGAGCUGCUAUUUCUCGGCGGGGGGAGUUUCCCACCUGAUUGUCCCGUUUUCUGUGAAUCCUUCAUCAAGCUCAGCGUAUACGAUGUGAAGGAGAGCUGCGAGCAGCAGAGCAGUUUCUUGGGAAGUACCAGCUUCUCAUUGGCCGAUCUCUUCCAGUCCAGAGAUCAGCAGCUUUCUCUCAACUUAAGAUCAACAGAUGAUUCAGCUACAGUGCGGACAGUGGUGGUGAGCAGGUUGAAGAUGGGUGAGAUAGAGGAUGGAGAGGUGGACCACAUCACAGCUGACAUGCACCCGAAGUGCACGCUGGUGUAUGAGUCAUCACAUGGAACAGUUAACGACAAAGAUAAUGGACCAAUAAUGAAUGCUGUGUUUAAGAACGCAAUAUGUAAGGUGUACCGCUUUCAGACAGUGGAAAGUAAAUGGAUGUUGGUACGAGAGCAGAUGGCUGAGUGUACGUUGUCCUUCAGCAUCCCAAAGCAGCUUAUCAGCCUCUACAUUGAGGAGGACACCUGCAGGAUACAGGAACUUAAAGAUCUCGGAGAACUUUCCCCCCACUGGGACAACAUGAGAAAAGAGGUCAUCUCUCGCUAUGACCAGAUCAUUAAAGAAUACCAGCACAUACUCGCUGAACUGGAGAAACUUACUGGCCCGUCGUUCAAGCCAAGCUGCAGCAAAGGCCAGAAGUAUCUGGAGUUCAUCCCCAUCAACCUGCACACGCAGAGAAUGCAAGUGACGUGUCCAAGGAAAACAGAUUCAAUGUACGACGUGGUCACGGUUGGAGCACCGGCAGCCCAUUCGCAAGGUUUCAAGAACGGAGGCUUGCAAAAACUGCUCAAUAAAUACGAAGCUGAAAAGAAGAGCUACAGCACGGCGUAUCAGUCCAUCUACUACCCUCCAGAGCAGACGGCCAGAGCCAGGGAGAUUUUGAGCGUGGUGUCCCAGCUGCAGCCUCUCAUCUCUGGGCUGGCCGACCAACUGCUCCAGGUGGCCCAGCCGUCCCCGAGCCAAGCUCUGAAGGACACGCUCAAGAACCUAGAAGACAAGACAGAGCAGUUUGUUCAUGCUCUGAAGGAUGAGUUGGUCAAGAGUGCUCUCCUAGCCCUACACGCCGCACGUCUUGGCUACGUCAGCAAAACGUCCUCUCCGUCCAGCCAAACCAAGGCUAAUUCCAAUGCAAAUGUGGCCGCAGAAUCACACACAGUCUGCAACAACGUUGAUGGCUCGCAGACACCAUUGAAAGAAAGCAAAGUGUCUCCGAUCCGCUCCGACUCCAUCCCUCACCAGAAGGAGUAUGAUGAGGAAGAAUGGGACAGGGUGUGGGCCGGCGUAGCCAAAAGUUUGAACUGCGUUAUCGCCGCGGUGGACAAACUACAGGAACAAGAAAACAACAACCAAGAGUCCACACCCGGCCACGCCCUCGCUGAUGUCAUCACCUCCCACAAUCCAGCUGCAGAUGUGCACGAUCAGUUGGCCGUUCUGGUUCAGGCUCUGAAGGAAUGUGUGAAAGAUGUUGCCGAGCGAGCCCGACACUCCAUGAGCUUUGUGCUUCUCCAGGAAGCCGUGUGUAGCAGCGUACAGGGUCUUCAGCUCCAGCAGAGACGAGACACGGUCUUCAGCCAAGCGCUGGCUGCAUUGGCAUGUGGAUUUGUCAUGCGUUUAUACGCUGGUUUAGAGGAUAAGGGCUUUCUCAGACAGCUGCAUACGGUCGGGCUGGUGGCUCAGUUCGAAAGCCUGCUCAGUACUUACAGUGAAGAAAUAGGAAUGCUGGAGGACAUGGAGGUGGGAAUAUCUGACCUGCACAAAGUGACGUUCAAGAUCACAGAAGUAGCAUCUGAAGAAGCGGCCAGCCUGCAGCCAACCAUCAGCGGUAGACGAGACCGAUACACUGUUGAGGUGCCACUCCCACAUGAUGCCUUCCAAACGUUACCCGAUGAGCUGCGAGAGGGCAAGCCGCUGCGUGUACUUCCUGUGCUGUUUAAUGUGGGCAUAAACGAACAGCAGACCAUCGCCGAGAGAUUCGGUGACAUAUCUUUACAAGAGAGAAUAAACCAGAAGAACUUUGAGAUCCUUGAAGGAUAUUAUAAAUCUUUAACCAACACAGUGCCGUCAGAAUGCCUGCCCUGUUUUCAGACACAGACCGACAUUAAGGAACUUCUCGACAGCCUUGGCCAGAAUGUCGUAACUAAGAAGAGGAAAAAUGUAGAGAUUCUGUGGCUUGCGGGAAUGAUCUGUCGCCGGUUAAACGGGAUCCGCUUCACCAGCUGUAAAAGUGCCAAAGAUAGGACGUCAAUGUCAGUAACGCUGGAGCAGUGUUCAAUACUGAGGGACGAGCACCAGCUCAAUAAAGACUACUUUGUGCGAGCUCUGGACUGCAUGCGCAGAGAAGGCUGCCGGAUUGAGAAUGUGCAAAAGAAUAUAAAGUGCAGAAAAUAUGCUUUCAACAUGCUACAGCUGAUGGCCUUUCCAAAAUACUACAGGCCACCAGAAGGGACUUAUGGGAAGGUGGAUUCGUGAAAUUUAUCCAGGAUAGGUUCAGGAUCAUUUGCUAUAUAACACAUGCAGCGGAGUCCAAAAGUCUGAAAAUCUGGGAUCAUUUAAACUUGGAUAGGAUACGGAAAAAUGUUAAUUGUGUGUGUAGAUUCUUACACCAAUCACCAAGCG